CAUGCAAUGCAUUGAAACACUUGAACGUCAGUAUAUAAUCGAUGUCACUAUCGGUAUUAUUUACAAUUGCAAUUCAAUCACAUACGAGUCGAGUUUAGUUUCUAGCUGGCAACUUGGUGUAAUUUUUAGCGAGAAAGAUAGAAAUUUUCGGCACCGAUGGAUGCUCCAGCGAUUGGAAUUGACUUGGGCACUACGUACUCUUGUGUUGGUGUUUUCCAGCACGGAAAGGUUGAAAUUAUCGCCAACGAUCAAGGUAACAGAACAACACCCAGUUAUGUGGCGUUUUGUGAUGAAGAAAUUUUGAUCGGAGAUGCGGCAAAAAAUCAAGUAGCGAGGAAUGUGAAUAAAACCAUUUAUGAUGUUAAGAGAUUGAUGGGUCGAGAAUUCAACGAUACUACAGUUCAGUCCGAUAUGCAGCGUUGGCCUUUUCAGGUCGUCGAUGAUAAAAAUAGACCGAAAAUCAAAGUUGAAGUUGCAGAAACUCAUAAAACGUAUUUUCCUGAAGAAAUAUCCUCAAUGGUUUUGAGAAAAAUGAAAGAGACCGCCGAAGCUUACCUAGGUAAAACGGUGAAAAAUGCUGUUAUCACCGUGCCAGCUUAUUUCAACGAUUCUCAAAGAUGUGCUACUAUGGACGCUGCUAAAAUCGCCGGUUUGAAAGUAUUACGUAUUAUUAACGAACCCACUGCUGCCGCCAUCGCUUACGGUUUAGAUAAGAAAUGUUCCAACGCACAUAACGUAUUGAUAUUCGAUCUCGGAGGAGGUACAUUCGAUGUAUCUAUUUUAACCCUACAAGACGGUAUUUUCGAAGUAAAAUCAACCGCCGGCGAUACUCACUUAGGUGGCGAAGAUUUCGAUAACAGAAUGGUCGAUCAUUUCGUUCAAGAAUUCCAACGUAAACACGAAAAAGACCUCACUGGGAACAAGAAAGCCCUACGUCGUUUACUCAAUGCCUGUGAACGAGCAAAAAGAACGCUAUCAACGACGACUAAAGCCGAUAUAGAAAUCGAUUCUUUAUACGAUGGUAUUGAUUUCUACACGUCGAUCACUCGAGCUCGAUUUGAAGAAUUAAACGCAGACUUCUUCCAAAAAGCAAUGACACUUGUUCAGAAAGCGAUUGAAGACGCUAAAUUCGACAAAUCAAAAAUCCAUCAAGUCGUUUUGGUAGGUGGCUCUAGCCGCAUACCGAAGAUUCAAAAAAUGUUGCAAGAUUUCUUCGAUGGAAAAGAAUUGAACAAAUCGGUUAACCCGGACGAAGCGGUAGCCUAUGGAGCUGCCGUACAAGCUGCCAUAUUGAAUGGAGAUAAAUCGAAGGUUGUGCAAGAUGUGGUGUUAUUCGACGUUAUACCGUUGUCACUAGGUGUUGCUUGUGGAGAUGGAUACAAUAAAAUGCAAACGAUAAUUAAACGUAACACUCCUAUUCCAGCAAAAGGAAGUCACACUUUUCAUACAGCGGACGAUAAUCAAACCAGUAUGUCGGUUAUAGUUUACGAAGGCGAAUAUGCUACUGCGAAGGAUAAUCAUUUUCUAGGAAAAUUUAACCUUCUUGGCAUCCCGCCUGCUCCUAAAGGCGUACAAAGGGUCACUGACACCUUCGAAAUCGAUGCCAAUGGUAUUUUGAAGGUUACCUCCGUUGUUGAAUCGAAUGGUAUUACGAACCAACUUAUUAUCACACAUGACAGAGCUCGUCUCAGUAAUGAUGAAAUUGAGCGUAUAGUCGAAGAUGCUGAAAAAUUACGAAACGAAGAAAAAAACCGAAAAGCUGCUUUAGCCGCCAAGAACUCUUUAGAAUGGUACUGUAUCGACGUGAAGAGCAAGGUGCAAGAUGGAAAGUUGAAAGAUAAGAUCAGUAAAUCCGAUAAAGAAACAAUUUUGAAAAAAUCCGAAGAAACUAUUACCUGGUUGAAUUCUACUCAUUCAGCUGAUCCUGACCUUUACAAACACAAGCAAGUAGAAUUACAAAACGUAUUUGACACGAUAAUAUCGAUAGCUGCCAACCCUAGUGAGGAAAACGACACGUACCGGAAAAUACUGAACGUGGAAAACCAUGCCUCCCAAGAUGAAAUCGAACAAGCGUGCAGGAUCGUUGGUCGCAAGUAUCAUCCCGAUAAAUACAAAGGAGACGAAGAAAUUGGAACCAUGAUGUGGCAUAUGAUUAUGAAAGCGAAAAAUGUACUCAUCAACCUAGUAAAAUGGUAACUUUGGUCACAACACCUAUAAUUCCGUAAUGGUUGGUUACACAACAUCAGAAAAUCAACAUUUUGACUAUACCUAUUACCUACUCAAUAUAUUUUCAAUCUCAACACCGUGCUUCUGUUUCCAUUUUGAUGAUGAAUGCCUAAGCCUGGACGGUUCCAAAGCUUUGUAGAUUUUAAGUUCUGCAGAUUUCAAUGAUCAACGUCAUCAAAGAUAUGUGUGUGUUUUUUUUUUAAAGUAGGUAGUUCUCAUCAUGAAUGUAUUGUACUUUAGUAUAAUAACGUUGUACAUAAUUAUUAAAGUGUACUCUCUAAAUUUAAAGCAGUCAAAUUUCACUGCUUAGCAGUCACGACAUUUUGCCUUUUUAAAGCAGUAGUUUUUUUUACUGCAAAACAGUGAAAAAUUACUGAAUUGGUCAGUCAAAAUGAUUUUUUACUGACCAAUUCAGUAAUUUUUCACUGUUUUGCAGUAAAAAAAAACUACUGCUUUAAAAAGGCAAAAUGUCGUGACUGCUAAGCAGUGAAAUUGACUGUUUCAAAUUUAGAGAGUAUGUAGAUGCGUUGCACAGUGGUGCGAAAUGAAGAAGUAGCGUCCAAAAAAAAUCGAAUUUUAAAAGGAAAUCCGUAAAAUGUCUAAGGGGGUUUAUAGCUCGCUGAAAUCAAUUUUAGCAUUCGUAUUCCCUUUAGCCUCGAAAUGAAUCUUCAAGGAGGAGGGGGGUGCAGAAUAUGAAAUUUCGUAAAAUUCGACAUGUGUAUCGAAAUAAAGGGUUUUCGGGUUUCGGGUCGCUGAAAUCAAUUUUGGGUUUCGUAUCCCCUUAACCUCGAAAUGAGCCCUUAAAGGGGAGGUAUGCAAAACAUGAAAUUUCGAGAAAUUCAAUAUGGGUAUCAAUGUAUGAGUUUUUUAGGAUGCUGAAUUGAAUUUUCUGGAUGGUUGGAUCCUUAAUAGCCUCACGUACCUACAUUCUGAAAAGCGAUUUAUGAAAAUAAAAAUUCUAUCGAAAGAGGUGCGUUUGGGUACAUUUCCCCGUACCCCCCCCAUUUUGGGAGGGGCGGUAAAAACCACCUAGAAGGAUAGUGCUAGGUUAGUGCACGUAUCGCCGACGUUAGUGCACGCUCCCUUCA